CCUGUAGAGAAACGGGAACUCCUCCCGACGGCCGCCUGUGUGUCGCCUCAGAGGCGGAAAGGCAGGAUUUCAUCGCGUUUUACAGCAAAGUUUUCUGAUAAAUAAAACCCCGAGGCCUCGGGGGAUAAUAUUUACUCCAGUUAAGACUUCUGUCUUCGCCGUGACUUCGACAAAUGGAGAUUUAAUUCACCGGGACUUCAUCGGUUUAUCCCUUGGAAAAAAAAUCAAGGAAUCAUGACGACCCCGGUGUCUCUGGAGGACGCUCUGUCCAACGUGGAGUUGCUGGAGGAUCUUCCACUUCCAGACCAGCAGCCAUGCAUCGAGCCCCUGCCCUCAUCACUCAUCUACCAGCCCAACUUCAACACCAACUUCGAAGAUCGCAACGCGUUCGUGACCGGCAUCGCUCGCUACAUCGAGCAGGCCACCGUCCACUCCAGCAUGAAUGAGAUGUUGGAGGAGGGCCAGGAGUACGCUGUGAUGCUCUACACCUGGAGGAGCUGCUCCCGAGCCAUCCCUCAGGUGAAGUGCAACGAGCAGCCCAACAGAGUGGAGAUCUACGAGAAGACGGUGGAGGUGCUGGAGCCUGAGGUCACCAAGCUGAUGAACUUCAUGUACUUCCAGCGUACGGCGAUCGAUCGCUUCUGCGGCGAGGUGCGCCGUCUGUGUCACGCCGAGCGCAGGAAGGACUUCGUAUCCGAGGCGUACCUGCUCACCCUGGGAAAGUUCAUCAACAUGUUUGCCGUGCUGGACGAGCUGAAGAACAUGAAGUGCAGCGUCAAGAACGACCACUCGGCCUACAAACGAGCGGCGCAGUUCCUGAGGAAAAUGUCCGAGCCGUCUUCUAUUCAGGAGUCGCAGAACUUAUCCAUGUUCCUGGCCAACCACAACAAGAUCACACAGUCCCUCCAGCAGCAGUUAGAGGUGAUUAAUGGAUACGAAGAGCUCCUGGCUGAUAUCGUCAACCUCUGCGUGGACUACUACGAGUACAAGAUGUACCUUACGCCCAGCGAGAAGCACAUGCUGCUCAAAGUCAUGGGCUUCGGGUUGUAUCUGAUGGAUGGAACCAACAGCAACAUCUACAAACUGGACGCCAAGAAGAGGAUCAACCUCACCAAAAUCGACAAGUUUUUCAAGCAACUGCAGGUAGUGCCGCUGUUCGGGGACAUGCAGAUCGAGCUGUCCCGUUACAUCAAGACCAGCGCUCAUUUCGAAGAAAACAAGUCCAGAUGGUCUUGUACAUCUACAGGCAGCAGUCCUCAGUAUAAUAUCUGUGAGCAGAUGAUUCAGAUACGUGAGGAUCACAUGCGCUUCAUCUCCGAAUUGGCUCGCUACAGCAACAGCGAGGUGGUGACAGGAUCAGGACGCCAAGAGGCCCAGAAGACGGACGGCGAGUACAGGAAGUUGUGUGACCUGGCCUUGCAGGGCCUUCAGCUGCUCUCUCAGUGGAGUGCUCAAGUCAUGGAAGUGUACUCGUGGAAGUUGGUGCAUCCGACAGACAAAUAUUCCAAUAAGGAAUGUCCCGAUAACGCGGAGGAGUAUGAACGAGCCACCAGAUACAACUACACCAGUGAAGAGAAGUUCGCUCUGGUGGAGGUCAUUGCCAUGAUAAAGGGGCUGCAGGUGCUGAUGGGUCGUAUGGAGAGUGUGUUUAACCACGCCAUCCGCCACACCAUCUACGCCGCCCUGCAGGACUUCGCCCAGGUCACACUGCGCGACCCGCUGCGCCAGGCAAUCAAGAAGAAGAAGAACGUCAUCCAGAGCGUCCUCCAGGCCAUCCGGAAGACCAUCUGCGACUGGGAGACGAGACGAGAGCCCCAUAACGACCCGGCCCUGCGAGGGGAGAAGGAUCCCAAAGGAGGGUUUGAUAUCAAAGUGCCCCGUCGCGCCGUGGGUCCUUCAAGCACUCAGGUGUGUUCUUUACUCGGGAAUUUAUUCAUCGCUCGGCGUCCAGACGGGUCGCUCGGAGCUUCGCUUAUUAAUCCGAUCCCCCUCCCUGCGCAGCUGUACAUGGUGAGGACGAUGCUGGAGUCUCUGGUAGCGGAUAAGAGCGGCUCGAAGAAGACGCUGCGCAGCGGCCUGGAAGGACCGGCCAUCCUGGACAUCGAGAGGUUCCACCGGGAAUCCUUCUUUUACACUCACCUGCUCAAUUUCAGCGAGACCCUGCAGCAGUGCUGUGACCUGUCCCAGCUGUGGUUCCGCGAGUUCUUCCUGGAGCUCACCAUGGGUCGCCGUAUCCAGUUCCCCAUUGAGAUGUCCGUGCCCUGGAUCCUCACCGACCACAUCCUGGACGUCAAAGAGGCCUCCAUGAUGGAGUACGUGCUGUAUUCUCUGGACCUGUACAACGACAGCGCACACUACGCUCUCACCAAGUUCAAGAAGCAGUUCCUCUACGACGAGAUCGAGGCUGAGGUGAACCUCUGCUUCGACCAGUUUGUCUACAAACUCGCCGAUCAAAUUUUUGCCUACUACAAGGUUCUGGCCGGAAGUUUGCUUCUGGAUAAGAGACUUCGGGCGGAAUGUAAAAACCAGGGUGCCAAUAUUUCAUGGCCUCCGUCCAACCGCUACGAGACGCUGCUGAAGCAGAGACACGUCCAGCUCUUGGGUCGUUCCAUUGACCUGAACCGUCUCAUUACUCAGCGAGUCUCCACUGCGCUCUACAAGUCCCUCGAGCUGGCGAUUAAUCGCUUCGAGAGCGAGGACCUCACCUCCAUCGUGGAGUUGGAGGGUUUGUUGGAUAUCAACCGAAUGACCCACAAGCUGCUGAGUAAGUUCCUCACUCUGGACAGCAUGGACGCCAUGUUCCGCGAGGCCAACCACAACGUCUCCGCUCCGUACGGCAGGAUCACGCUGCACGUCUUCUGGGAGCUCAACUACGACUUCCUGCCCAACUACUGCUACAACGGCUCCACCAACAGGUUUGUUCGUACGGUACUGCCGUUCUCCCAGGAGUUCCAGAGAGACAAACCGCCCAACGCUCAGCCUCAGUACCUCUACGGCUCAAAGGCGUUGAACUUGGCAUACAGUAGUAUAUAUGGCUUCUACCGGAACUUUGUGGGUCCUCCUCAUAUCAAGGCCAUGUGCAGACUGCUGGGGUACCAGGGCAUCGCCGUGGUGAUGGAGGAGCUGCUGAAGGUGGUGAAGAGCCUGCUCCAGGGCACCAUUCUGCAGUAUGUGAGGACUCUGAUGGAGGUGAUGCCAAAGAUCUGCCGUCUGCCACGCCACGAGUAUGGAUCUCCAGGGAUCCUGGAGUUCUUCCACCACCAGCUGAAGGACAUAGUGGAGUACGCUGAGCUGAAGACCGUGUGCUUCCAGAACCUCAGGGAGGUGGGCAACGCCGUGCUGUUCUGUCUGCUCAGUGAACAGAGCCUGUCUCAGGAGGAAGUGUGUGACCUGCUGCACGCUGCACCCUUCCAGAACAUUCUGCCCAGGAUUCACGUCAAAGAGGGUGAGCGGUUGGAUGCCAAGAUGAAGCGGUUGGAGGCCAAAUACACUGCGCUGCACCUGGUGCCUCUAAUCGAGCGUUUGGGGACUCCACAGCAAAUCGCCAUCGCUCGCGAGGGCGACCUGCUGACCAAAGAGAGGCUGUGCUGCGGACUGUCCAUGUUCGAGGUCAUCCUGUCACGCGUCCGCGGUUUCCUAGACGACCCCAUAUGGCGCGGCCCGUUACCUAGCAACGGCGUGAUGCACGUGGACGAGUGCGUGGAGUUUCACCGGCUGUGGAGCGCCAUGCAGUUCGUGUACUGCAUCCCGGUCGGCGCGCACGAGUUCACCGUGGAGCAGUGUUUUGGCGACGGGCUGAACUGGGCCGGCUGCAUGAUCAUCACCCUGCUGGGGCAGCAGAGACGCUUCGACAUCCUGGACUUCAGCUACCACCUGCUCAAGGUGCAGAAACACGACGGCAAGGACGAGAUCAUAAAGAGCGUGCCCUUAAAGAAAAUGGUGGAACGCAUCCGCAGGUUCCAGGUCGUCAACGACGAGAUCUUCGCCAUUCUGAACAAGUACCUGAAAUCCGGGGACGGCGAGAACAUGCCCGUGGAGCACGUGCGCUGCUUCCAGCCGCCCAUCCACCAAUCCCUGGCCAGCAACUGAGAUUUACACCGUACGUUUUAGACCUGCGCUGUAAUCUGCGAUCGCUCAAUAGACCAGCAUUAACUUAAGUAAUCACGGGGGGGUUUUUUGGUUGUAUUUCGGGGGGGGGGUGUUUGCGCCACUAGGACCACACACAGUGACACACGUCACUUAAUCCUGUCGUGUUUUAUAACGGAGCCAGUAAAUCGUCUAGGUGUUAUAGUUUGGGAAUUCCGAUUCUGGACCAAUCACGGACCGGAUCUCGUGCAAGACUUCGGCUUUGUUAAGAUGGAUCCAGGGCGUGGUGAAGAGAAGAGAAGAGAAGAACCGCGUGUCCCAGGGUUUAAACAAUACGUGCCUUAUUCAAAUGUCUCUUUUUUUUUUUCUAGUAAUACGCUAAUCAUUUGUGUUCGCUACUUAUUUCAAACGUGGAGAAAGGGAAACGGCCUCGCGGGAUCCAGCAAGAGAUUAUUUAAAAGUGUCGGCUUUAUGUUCUUACUCCUUUGGGUGUUUGUUUUUGGAAGGAGUGCAUGCGUGAGACCUUCUUCUUUUUGUUUUUGUUUGUUUCCUCUAGUAGAAAAAGUAAAAACACACAAAAAAACAAAUAAUAACCAAGUGCCUAAACAUGUGCCUUUUUUGUAUUUGAUCUGUAAUCUGAUUUUUAAUUCAAUAAAUAUAACAAUUUAUUGUUAAA